GGGGGGGGGGCGGAUCUCGCUCGGCUUCGUCGCUCGCUCGCUCGCCCGGGCGGCAGCAGCAGCAGCAGCAGCAGCGGGAGCGGGAGGAGCGCGCUGGGCCCCGGCGCCAUGGCGCAGCCCCUGCAGAAGUGCCGCGCGGAGUGGCAAGCCCUGGAGGAGGAAUUCCAGCAGCUGCAGGUAAGGCGGGCGCGAUCCCGCCGCCGCCGCCGCCGCCGCGUUAUUUGGGGUGGCCCUUGGCGGGGGCUGUUCCUCCCGCUGCUCUUUGACGGCGAUCUCCGCUGCUGCGUAAUCCGGACGGGGCGGGAUCCCCGGGGAAGCCUCGCCGCGGGGAGUUUGGAGCCCCUCCUCCGGUGCGGCGGCAGAAGGGGCGCCGUCUCCGCCCCUGCGUAACUGGGCGCCGUCGGGGCCGGGCGAGGGCUUCCCGGGGGGCCAAGGCAAGCCAAUGCCGGGCGGCGGAAGGGAGCCGGCUUCGACGGAAUGACCCCCAGGCGCGCCUGCCGUGCUGUCAUUCCAAUAGGCUCCUUCUGCGCUGUCUGGGUGCAGAGGUCUUUCGUAGGAUUUCCUUGCUGCUUGAGGGAUGCGCUUCUUUCGCCUGCCCGCGGGGUUCCCCCUGGGAAGGGCGCCCUUUGCAAUGGCAGCCCCCCUCCCGGCGCUGGCUGCAGCUGGCAGUCCCGGGGGUUCUCGGGGCCAGAUCGGCGGGGAGGGGGCGCCGGUGGCUGCGGGGAAGCGAGCGGCGCUUUCGGGUUGCGCGCUGUAAGCAAAGCAAACUGGCGGGGGCGGAGGAGCAAUAGGUUAGGAGGCCCGGGGUGGUCUGGUGGCCCCGAGCAGCCACCGCGCGCUGCGGUCGGAAAGGGGCCUUCGCGUCCCAGAAUCCUUUCCAAUGUCGUAGCUUUGCGGGGAAUCCCAGGGUGGUCGCCCCAGCACCUCCGGGGACCUUGCAAAGGAAUGGGAGGGUUGGGGUAACUCCCCUGCCCAUCUCUACUGAUGCAUCUCAGGGCUCCUUUACUAAACUGCAAUCCUUCCUUUCUGGUGGCACCCCCUUGCUCUUCUGCGAUGCUCUGUUUUGUUUUGUUUUUUUCCUUGGGGAGCUGCAAGAAAAACACUGGCAUUUUUGCACGGGGGAUUUUACGCAUCAUUGAUACAGCCACCACUUUCAAGUCAAGGGAAGAAGUAAUUUCCCCCCUUGGAAAAUGGGCCAUAGUGAUAGACCAUCUUCCCUGCAUGCAGAAGGCCCCAGUUUCAGCCCAUGGCAUACCCUGGUAUUGUUGGGAAUGUCCCUGGAGAGUUGCUGCCAGUCAGUGUUGGUGCAACUGAAGGCAACUUCCGAUGUACUUGGGUUCUUGUUGCCAUUUAGGGGCAGGCAAACUGGAGCAGGUUCAGAGAAUAGCAGCAAAGAUGGUCAUUGACCUGGAAAGCAGCUGCUGUGAGGGCAGGUAAACGUAAAGGGACCCCUGACCAUUAAGUCCAGUCGUGGACGACUCUGGGGUGGCAGCGCUCAUCUCGCUUUACUGGCCCAGGGAGCCGGCGUUUGUCCACAGACAGCUUCCAGGUCAUGUGGCCAGCAUGACUAAGCCACUUCUGGCGAACCAGAGCAGCGCACGGAAACACCGUUUACCUUCCCACCAGAGCGGUACCUAUUUAUCUACUUGCACUUUGACGUGCUUUCGAACUGCUAGGUGGACAGGAGCAGGGACUGAGCAACCGGAGCUCACCCUGUCGCGGGGAUUUGAACCGCCAACCUUCUGAUCGGCAACCCUAGGCUCAGUGGUUUAGACCACAGCGCCACCCACGUCCUGUGAGGGCAGGUAAAACCAGCCAAAGGUGUUUAGCCCAGAGAAGACAUGACUGAAGGGCGGAGGAGGGCCUAUCAGAUCCACAGACAAGAAGGCAAAGUCUCGUUCUCUGUUGCUCCAGAGGACAGAAUUGGAUCUAAUAGGCAGAAGUUACAAGAGGGAAGAUUUUGUUUGAACAUUGUGAGAAACAUCUUGAGAGUGAGAGCAGUUCAUCAAGGACAUGGGUAGGCAAACUAAGGCCCAGGGGCUGGAUCUGGCCCAUUCGCCUUCUAAAUCCGGCCCGCAGACGGCCUGGGAAUCAGCGUGUGUUUUACAUGAGUAGAAUGUGUCCUUUUAUUUAAAACGCAUCUCUGGGUUAUUUGUGGGGCAUAGAAAUUUGUUCAUUUCCCCCCUUAAAAUUUAGUCCAGCCCCCCACAAGGUCUGAGGGACAGUGGACCUGCGCCCCUGCUGAAAAAGUUUGCUGGCCCCUGAUCAAGGAGGCAUUGUUCCUUAGAGGAGGGUGGGGCUCCCUGGGGCUGCAGGGUCUUCAGGCAGAGGCUGGCCAGGCCCCAGUUGGAGACGCUUCAGCUCCUUCAUUGCCUGCAUUGGGCAGGAGGUAGACUAGAGGGGUCACAGCGGUUAUGCUCUUGAGCAGCAACAGAGACAGAUUUAAACAGCCAUUAUUCAUGGCGACUGUUUCUGGAACUGUCAGUAGUAUGUGAUGCUUCCCCAUCUAAUUUUAUUCUACACAAUUUCUUUAAAGUUGCGGGCUCAAAUUUACAUUUUUUUUAAAAAAUUGCUUUAACUUCUUUUAAAUGUUUGCACCUCUCUCUCUCUCUCUUUUUAAAUGAAUGUUUUCUCUCUUUUUUUUUCUUUGCAAAUUGCUUAUAGGACUUAAAUUGAGUAAGGCAUAUAAUAUUUGUUGGGUAGAUAAAUAAAAUACGAAGAAGGGGCUGCUCCAAGGUUUUUGCAGUCUAAUAUUCAAGUGCAGGGAGCAGAGGCUGAAGAGUAAAUGGGGGAAAGAUUCUUUAUUUCAGAGGUCUGUAUUCAUGCUUAGUUUCAAGAAGGGACAGAGGCUCUUUCCCUGCAUCCGCCUGUCUCUCCAAGGAGGUGGAGAUGGGGCUGAUCCAUCCUCCUAAGGACAAGGAACUGGCUUGUAUCUGAGGGAGAAAGAGGAGCCAGCCCACAUCCUCCUCCUGUGUCCUUUCUGCAAAGCUUCCUUAGGUCAGUGGUGGGGGACUGAUGUCAUUGGACUUCGACUCCCAUCUUCCCUUGCCACUGGCCAUGCUGGCUGGGACUGGUGGGAAUUGGAGGGUGCCAGAGUUGUGCAGGUUGUUUUAGCCAAUGCUUUGGGCGGUGAGAGAGGGAGGGGCUUGGCAAUGGGGGCAGGAGGAGAGGCUGGUUUGCUGCGAGGCUGCAGUUGCCAGUGCCAACAGCAGAUUAUGCACCUGCUCUCCUAUGUGGGUGGUGGUGAAACAGCCCACAAUUGCUCUCCCUCUUUUCUUUCUCUGCAGUCUAUCUCAUAGCAUAGAAAAGAUUCAAUUGGUCUACAAAUGUAUUAACCUAAAGCUUUUCUAUUAGUGUAGAAAGCCCUUUCAGGACCCAUGACUGAGUUGCUUCCUGACCUCUAGGGCGUCUCGCCAGUGUCAUCACUGUACACCAAAGGGGCUUUAAAAAUUAGAAGUAAAAGCCAUAACGUAUGUUUGGGUUAAACCGGGAUCUGAAAUAGUGGUCAAACGACUCCCAACAGGUAUAUUCCAGGGCCGGGUAACUAUCUGGUGACAGAACCCACAAAACAGUAUGAUCCAAAACUGUUCUCCAAGGCAGCUGCCAGCGAAAGAAUAAUAGCAGUGAACCCUGUACAGUGGACGCUCGGGUUGCGAACGUGAUCCGUGCGGGAUGCACGUUUGCAACCCGCAGCGGCGCGUCUGCGCACGUGCGGGUUGUGAUUUAGCGCUUCUGCGCAUGUGCGACUGCCAAAACCUGGAAGUAACCCGUUCCGGUACUUCUGGGUUUUGGUGGGUGCGUAACCCGAAAAAAUGCAACCUGAAGCGGCUGUAACCCGAGGUAUGACUGUACUGCACAAGGACUCGCUGGAAAACGAUCGACAGUAAAACCCAGCUGGUGGUUUGAUUCAGCAGGUGCUGAGAAACUGCCUUGAAAACCAUGUAAACAUCUGGGAGAAGAAAAAGACCUGGCACCAAAAGUGAAGCCGAGUGGGUGCCAGGCAGGUCCCCUGGGAAGGGAGCAGGUGCCACCACGGAAAAGGCUUAUUGCUUUUGCCUGCUUUGCUUCACUUGGCAGGGAUGCCCUAAGGGGAUGGGAGCCUGCCUUCUAACAGCUCUGUCUUGCUCAAUAUUCCUCUUUACCAGGUUUGGAGAAUAUUGCUUAUUGCAAUAGCAACAAGCCCCAAACUCACAUUCCUUCUUCUUGGGCCAGAGGCAAACGCGAGUGGAGCAACGAAUGUAAAUGUUACCUUUAUAUAUACAACCUCUGCUACCUUGUGGGAUGCCUUUGGGAGAAGCCAAGGCGAAGGAGUAAACCCCACACAAAUCUUUUUUAUAUAUAUAAAUAUUUUUUAUUAAUUUUUCAGCACAAAUAUACAGUCUUAUCAAAAUUUCCACAAAUUUAACUCUAUUUGGACUUCCUUCAGCUUCUCUGACAAUCAUCCAUAUUUACCUCUCAAUUACGCAUUUCUUCUGUUUAUAUUGCCAUUAAACUUCCCUCCCACUUAUAUUUCUUUUUAACAAUAUAUCUCAACUUUCACAGUGCUUCUUGAAACCCCACUAGCGUUGUUUGCACAUCACACAUACUUUUCAGAUAUUCAACAAAUUUCCCCCAGUCCUCGAUGAACUUUUGGUCUCGAAGAUAUCUGAUUUUCCCAAUUAGUCUGUCCAAUUCUGCAUAGUCAGUCAGUUUCAAUCUCCAUUCUUCUAACGUCGGUAUUUCCUCUUGUUUCUUGGAGAAGAGUGACUAGUGGGGUGCCACAGGGUUCUGUCUUGGGCCCGGUCUUAUUCAACAUCUUUAUCAACGACUUGGAUGAUGGACUCAAGGGCAUCCUGAUCAAAUUUGCAGAUGACACCAAACUGGGAGGGGUGGCUAACACCCCAGAGGACAGGAUCACACUUCAAAACGACCUUGACAGAUUAGAGAACUGGGCCAAAACAAACAAGAUGAAUUUUAACAGGGAGAAAUGUAAAGUAUUGCACUUGGGCAAAAAAAAUGAGAGGCACAAAUGCAAGAUGGGUGACACCUGGCUUGAGAGCAGUACAUGUGAAAAGGAUCUAGGAGUCUUGGUUGACCACAAACUUGAGCCAACAGUGUGAUGCGGCAGCUAAAAAAGCCAAUGCAAUUCUGGGCUGCAACAAUAGGAGUAUAGCAUCUAGAUCAAGGGAAGUAAUAGUGCCACUGUAUUCUGCUCUGGUCAGACCUCACCUGGAGUACUGUGUCCAGUUCUGGGCACCACAGUUCAAGAAGCACACUGACAAACUGGAACGUGUCCAGAGGAGGGCAACCAAAAUGGUCAAAGGCCUGGAAACGAUGCCUUAUGAGGAACGGCUAAGGGAGCUGGGCAUGUUUAGCCUGGGGAAGAGGAGGUUAAGGGGUGAUAUGAUAGCCAUGUUCAAAUAUAUAAAAGGAUGUCACAUAGAGGAGGGAGAAAGGUUGUUUUCUGCUGCUCCAGAGAAGCUGACACGGAGCAAUGGAUCCAAACUACAAGAAAGAAGAUUCCACCUAAACAUUAGGAAGAACUUCCUGACAGUAAGAGCUGUUCGACAGUGGAAUUUGCUGCCAAGGAGUGUGGUGGAGUCUCCUUCUUUGGAGGUCUUUAAGCAGAGGCUUGACAACCAUAUGUCAGGAGUGCUCUGAUGGUGUUUCCUGCUUGGCAGGGGGUUGGACUCGAUGGCCCUUGUGGUCUCUUCCAACUCUAUGAUUCUAUGAUUCUAAAUGAUUCUAUGAUUCAUUUCUGGGGCAGUAGAAUUCUUGAUGCUGUAACUGCAUAUUGGAAAAGUUUACAGUCCUUUCUUCUUAUUUCCUUUCCUGUAAUCCCUAGAAGAAAGGUCUCUGUUUCUUUACAAAUGUAUAUUUUAACAUCUUUUUCAUUUCAUUAUAUAUCAUCUCCCAGAAACCUUUCACUUUCUUACAAUCCCACCACAUAUGAUAAAACGUUCCUUCUUUUUCCUUACAUUUCCAACACUUAUUACACGUCUUGUACAUUUUUGCUAAUUUUACCGGUGUGAUGUACCAUCUGUAAAACAUUUUCAUAACAUUUUCUUUUAAUGCCGUACAAGCAGUGAAUCUUAAAUUUUCCUUCCAUAGUUUUUCCCAAUCCUCAAACUUAAACCCUACACAAAUCUGGAGUGGAUGGAUGGCACUCCUUCCAGCAACUCCUGGUGCCAAACAUAUGACCCUGCUUUUCUUUGGACCACAUCAGUGAGGCUGAGGAGGGGGCCUUGUUGUCUAGACAGCCCCCUGCCCAGGCUUGUGCCCCGGAGAAGUCAUUUUGGUUCUGCUAUCACAGCUGUUUGGCUUCACCCCUGGAGGUGUGCUUCAUUGCCUCUCGAGUCAGACAGAUGCAACGUCAUAGAUUUAUCACAAUUCCAGUCGGGCAAGAGCAUUUGAGGAGGCUGGGAAGAAGGGCUGUACCUUGCAGAGAGUCCCACAGGCAAGGGAGAGGAACCUGUAGGACCUCACUGACGUGUUGAGGGCAACCCAGUUGAGCUCCCACUGAAGAUGUGAUUGGCACAGGGUGAGGUGAUCCAGUAACAGAUUUCCUUACUUAUUAACAUUUGCAAGAUAACCAUUUGCAGGAUGUUGGAAGAGUAGGCCAAGACCCUCCAGAGUGGAGCUGUUGGUGGAACCUGAGAGGGCGUUCUGUUUGUCAAAGCUAACAGCCUAUCAGAUACCUAGUGUCAAGUGCAAAUAAAUAAAUUACAGACGUUUGGGAAACCUGUAGUGGUUGGCAUGACAAACACCACUGUGACAUCUCUGUCCAGAUUUUGAAUGCUUUGGUUUGAUUGUAAGCCAAUUGUAGACCUGUCUGCUCCCUUUUCCCCUGACCUGCAGUUUCAAACCAGCAUUAGUGUUACUCCAGGUAUGCAAGGCUGUCAUAGGGACUGCAGGGCAGGGGUGGCCAAGGUGGUACCCUCCGUAUGCUUUUGACCUCUCAUCUCCCAUCAGUCAAUAGACAGGACCCAGGGGUGAUGGAGGUCCAGGAACCGCCAGAAGGCUACAAGCCCCCAUUCUUGGCUUGUGUGGUUUGAAGCACAUAAUCAUAAGGACUAGGAACACAAGAAGAGCCUGCUGGGUCAGCCCAAUGACUCAUCUAGCUCAGCUUCCUUACCUCACAGUGGCCAACCAAAGGCCUGUGGGAAACCAGCAAGGAGGACCAGAGUGGAACAGCAGCUCUGUCCCCGAUUGUGAUCCAGCAGUUGGUGCUGAGAGGCUGUACUGCCUGUGAUGUUGUAGCUAGGACAUAGCCAUUGCGGCAAGUACCUGUUGACAGGCCUAUCCUCUAUAAAUGUGUCUAGUCUGCUUUUAAAGCCACCCAAGUUGGUGGCCAGGGACGUGGGUGGGUUAAACCACAGAGCCUAGAGCUUGCCGAUCAGAAGGUCGGCGGUUCAAAUCCCCACGACGGGGUGAGCUCCCGUUGCUCAGUCCCUGCUCCUGCCAACCUAGCAGUUCGAAAGCACAUCAAAGUGCAAGUAGAUAAAUAGGUACCGCUCCGGCGGGAAGGUAAACGGCGUUUCCGUGCACUGCUCUGGUUCUCCAGAAGUGGCUUAGUCCUGCUGGCCACAUGACCCUGAAGCUGUACGCCGGCUCCCUGGGCCAAUAAAGCGAAAUGAGCGCCGCAACCCCAGAGUCGGCCACGACUGGACCUAAUGGUCAGGGGUUCCUUUACCUUUAAGUUGGUGGCCAUCCCUGCCUUUUGUGGAAGCGAAUUCCAUCAUUUCACUAAGCACCACAUUAUGAAGUCCUUUCUUUCAUCUGUCCCUGCAUCUUGGGUGUCCCAGAUAAGAACUGGCCGGAUUCUAUGGCUUUAAAUCCUUCUGCGAAAUCGCAGCACAUGCACUCAUGCCCAUUAUGGUUCCAGGCAGGGCACAUGAUGUAUCCCAUGACUCUUAGCUACGCUGGAGCUGUUUUGCCUCUGCCUGCAUCGGAACAUGCUUGUUUUUCAAAACAGCUCCGAGACCCAGGAGAGCAGGGCCACACAGUGAGGCACCUUAAACAUUAGCAGGCUCCUGGCAAAGCUGCUGAGCUGCUGUUGCCCUUUGCCUUUGCCAGUUAUUUCUCUUGUGGAUCAAUUUCGGCCGCGUGCCCCACCUCCAUCUGACAGGGAACUUUCUUUUGAGGCCACUGAUCACGUUUCUUCUGCCUCUGCCUUCCCUGCCAAGGUUUUGUGCUUGUGAUGUGAAACCCACUCAGGUGAUUUUGUGUGUGAGUCACAAGGUGCCCCUCUUUGCGGGUGUGGGUGUGUUGUUGCUGAGCCCUGCGCCCCUCACCCCGCAGUAAGUAGAAGCAACGUAAAUUGUUGAAAAAUCAAAGCAAAUCCAUGUCAUUGUGUUUUAUACAAGUUGUAACAUCCUUGUGAUAGUGGGCUUUGAGUUAUGCUGACGCAGGAUUUUUACUUGUACCUUGUAAGUAGAAUGUAUUUAUAACACUGCCCUUGAAACAGAACUUAACCAGGGUGGUUUAUAUAGCAGACUAAAGGGAGAGAUACAGUCAGAAGACGCAUGAGGCUGCUGCCUUGCUGAAGCUAAUCAGGUCUGGAUCUGGUCACUUCCUGGAUGGGGGACCAUGUGAGAAGCACAUGGAUCCACUGGGUUCCGUGCAGGAAGAAAGGACUGAAAUGUAGGAAAGUAAAUAAAUAAAAGCACUACAGAUACAAAGCGGCAGAUCAAAAUAUCAGGAUAAAACUAGUCAUGAUUGGACUGAAAUUUGCAAUCAAGACUCUGAGAAAAAAAAGGGUUUUGCUAAGGUGUCUGAAGGAUAUCAAUGUAAGCCUCCCUGGAGGACAGUGUUUCAUAAACAGAGGGGCCACCACUGAGCAGGACGUGUUUCCAGUUGCCUCCCACUGCACUUUGAGUGACCUUGGUGGCUAUGUUGAAAUCAACAAAGGCUUGGUUUCUUUUCUGGCUUCUCUUGCUGUGUGUUUCUGUCGUUGGCAAGCAUCUAAAUUGCGGGUGGGCAAGGAAACCAUGGCAAUGCAAGGCUGUUGGGUUCUGCCACAAUGGCAAACCAUAGUUAAGGCAAGCUGUGGUUUGUAAGCCAACAGCUAACCAUGGUUUCACAUAACAGUUUGUUGGUAGAAAUCAAGCCAUGGUUGGUUCACUGGCCUGGGUGUACCUGUUUGAACAAACCAUAUUGAGGUUAAACAAACCAUGGCUUAGCAUUUGGUGUGGACAGGCUCAUGCAGAGAUAGAUGGCCCUACUCUGCUAAGGGUUUUAAAGAUAACUGCUUUGGACUAAACUUGUGCAAACAGUCCCGUGCCUGGUAGACAAUAGGAGAACAAGCUUAGUUCUUUAGGGCUGGUGAACAGCCCCGUGAUUUUCCCUCUUCCUCCAUGGUGACCUGAGUACUUGCUUUUAUUUGUUGAAAUUUUAUCCUGCCUUUCCUCUUGAAGGAGCCCAGGGUAGUUAUGUAAGACAGGUGGUGGAUGUGGGCAUAUGAGUGCCCUGUAGGUGUGGCAAAAACUGAUUGCACUGAUUGGCUUGCGCACGGAACUCUUGACGCUCACUGAUGUGGGUGUCAAAAAUACCUAAUUACUUUCAGAUACAAACUGACAACCUUUCUCCCCUAUGUUUCCCUUCUUUCCUGGCUGUUGAAUUUUAUCUUCCUCCUUACCUUCCUAUCUGAUUGAAAACAGGAUUUUCAAUCAUUUCCCAGAGUUCUAAAACUAUUAACAGGGAUUUAAUUUAGUUAAAGAUUCUAAACCAGGAAGAUUCUUCCUGUUAGCCCUGUAGUACCGAAAAGAAUGGGACACGGGUGGCGCUGUGGUCUAAACCACAGAGCCUAGGGCUUGCCAGUCGGAAGGUCAGAGGUUUUUAUCUCCACGAUGGGGUGAGCUCCCGUUGCUCGGUCCCUGCUCCUGCCAACCUAGCAGUUCAAAAGCACGAAGUGCAAGUAGAUAAAUAGGUACCGCUCCGGCGGGAAGGUAAAUGGCGUUUCCGUGCGCUGCUCUGGUUCUCCAGAAGUGGCUUAGUCCUGCUGGCCACAUGACCCAGAAGCUGUCUGUGGACAAACACCAGCUCCUUCGGCCUAUAGAGUGAGAUUAGCGCCGCAACCCCAGAGUCGUCCGCGACUAGACUUAACGGUCAGGGGUCCUUUGCCGAAAAGAAUGAGAAACGCUAUUUUUGAAAAUGUCAUGUUUUUGUUUUAAUUUCAACAUUUCCCUUCAUUUCUGUUUUUUAAAAAAAUAAUAUGUAUGGACUCUUUCAGUGGAAAAAAUAUGCAUAUGGCUACAUUUAGUUCAGUUUUUAUUGCUAUAGAUAAUGAAGUAUUUUAAAUUACUAAUAUGGGGAGGGGUGGUACUUCUGCAACAUACUUUGGCCUGCUAAUGUCCUGGCUUCCAAAAAAUGUUUAUUAUUAUUAUUGUUGUUGUUAUUGUUAUUGUUAUUAUUAUUAUUAUUAUUUGUGAAUAUAAAUAAGUAAAGCAGCACUUAGAAGAGAAUUUUGAGCUGCUGUAUAGAGUCUUUCUCUGGAUAUUUAAGAACAUAUGUUGGGGGUCACAAACCCUUUUCAACCAGUGGGCACAUCUCAAAUUUUGAGAGAGUGCUGUGGGCGCCAGUCACAACAUGGCUUCCAUGGGAGGCUGUGGCAUAAAACAAAUAUCCCAUUUGGGAAAUUUUCUAGAAUUUCCAUACUAGGGAAGACUUUCCCUAUUUUUGUUUUUAUUUUAUUAUCACAGCUUGUAACAAACCUAUGUAACAACAAAUAAACAUAAACUGCAAACCAAGACAAAAGCAGCUGAUAGUUCCUUCUGUCAAGAGAUUUGCAAUAGAUCGCCUGGUAUCUUCAUAGACCUGUGAAAGACAGACAGUGAUAAUUUGAGUCCUUAUUCCAGUAGAUCUCUCCAUGUUUCCAUGCGUUUGAGCUGGCCUUUUCGUUUGGUCUUUGUGGCACAUAAGGGAAAUAAGUGGUAGCCAUACUGCAUAAAAAGACAAAGUGUUUGAUUUGCCUCUGGCUGUGACAAAUUAACUUUUCAGCCAGGGCAACAGACCAGACUUGUGCAUACUAAGAGUGCAACGAUAGUCCUAUACACGGGGCCAGUACAGUGGUACCUUGGGUUAAUAACUUAAUUCGCUCCGGAGGUCCAUUCUUAACCUGAAACUGUUCUUAACCUGAGGUACCGCUUUGGCUAAUGGGGCCUCCCACUGCUGCUGCCGUGAGAUUUCUGUUCUCAUCCUGAAGCAAAGUUCUUAACUCGAGGUACUAUUUCUGGGUUAGCAGAGUCUGUAAUCUGAAGUGUCUGUAAUCCGAGGUACCACUGUAUUUGGCAAUUUCUAGCCAAGGUAUUUCCACAUCACAGGGCUGAAAACUAGUACAAUGAGACAGAAUUCUAGGAGGGAGUUGAUGCUGAGCAGACAGGAGUAUAACCAGAGGUUGGCAACCUAAGGCCUAUGGGCCGGAAGCGGCUGCGGAGGGUCGUUUAACUGGCCCAUGAACCACCCCUGAACCACCCGCCCGCUCAGCAAGUCCCCACACCGUGCUGUGCCGCUUAAGCGGCUCCAGAAAUCGCUUCUGCAAAUGCUGGAAAUCACAUCUGCACAUGUCCGUGGUGCCGGAAAUCAUGUCUUGCGCAUGCUGAGACACUGAAAAUUGCUUCUGUGCAGGCGCGAUUUCCGGCACCGCGGACAUGCACAGACACAAUUUCUGGCGCCACGCUGCACCGGCCCGGCCCACUGAGAAUCUCUGCGGGAGUGAUCAGGCCCAUGCCUGGUAAUCCUUGCCGACCCCUGAGUAUAACUCUCAACGCAAUACAUGCCACAAAUGCUGGUCUUCUCUUGUCACUCGCUCAGUUUUACUCGGGAGCAGGGCUGGCACCAGCAGCCAACUGCAGACACCCUCAGUGGAUGCCAGGUGAUGAGUCCCCCCACAGCGUGUGCCCGGCUGUGUGCACCACCCCCCAUUUUGAAAUGUCCCUCCUUGUGCCAGAGCCCAACUUAGCACUGCUGGAGUUUUAGGAUGGUGGGCAGGGGCCCGCAAUAUUGGCAAGGCCCCCCCUAAGCCCUGGCCCUGGCAGUGCCUUCUUCUGUGCCUCCAAAUCUGCUGCGUAAGCAAGGGCGCCCGUCUUUGGCAUGCAGAGUUACAGCGUCUGCAGGAAAUUCCACGUUGCCUUGCAGCUAAACCCUUGGAAUGAGCCUGCCCUUUGGAAGAUGACGCCUUCCCCAGCGGCGUCGCCCCCAGUCAUUUAUCCACCUCAAUGAGAACAGUCGCUCUCGAGUGCUUGACCUUUCAAUAACAUGUAAAUAAAACUUUGCAAUCAAACCUUCAUUUUGUUUCGUUUCAAGGGGUGCUGGUGUGGAUUUGAUCUGUUCAACUGAUCCACUUUGUGUGGUGAAGGAGUUCAGUCUUGGUUAAGCAGCUGAACUGGAUCUGGGUCCAGCUUACUUGAAAUGGUCUCUCCACCCCCCCAACCCUCCUUUUUUAUCAGCAAGUUGGUUUUAUUGCAACUGCAAGCAUCAAAAGUGCUGUCUGCAAAAGUAAAAGGAGAAAGGGUUUUAGUUAAUGUUUAAUAGGCCUUUUAUUAAGUAACUGGCUUGUCCCUUCCUAAUUUCAUUUCCUGUUGAACUGAAUGGGUACUGGGAAAGGGGGUGGCAUGCUGUUCUUUAUUACGCCCCUCUGGUUGUUUUUAGUGGGAUUUUGCUGAGAGGUAGGGCCCGUUUUGAGGAAAUAAGAGUCAGGCUCAUCAUUGGCCCAUUUAGCCCAGUGUUGCGUGCACUGACUGGCAGCAGUGGCACUGCACACUUUUAGGCAGGAUAUUCCCAACCCCACCAGGAGGUUCUGGCGAUUGGGCUUGAGUCCUUCUGCACCCACAGCAGGUGCUUUGCCUCUUGACUAGGCCCUUCAUUGGGGUCCUGUCUGUGUUGGAAGUGCUUAACAACCCUGACCACCCCUUUCCCAGGGAGCGAUAAGAGGGAGAUCUGCAGAGUUUUCGACUGUCUUUCGUUCGGAAGGCCCCAGGUUCAGUUCUCCAGGUAGGACUGGGAAUGUCCCCAGUGUGGAAUUCUGGGGAGCUGCUGCCAGUCUGUGUAGGCGGCACUGAGCUAGAUGAGCAAGUGAUCUGACUCUGUAUAACAAGGCGGCUUUCUACAUUCCUCUCCAUCUAGUUCAGUGUUCCCCAAGCUUGGGACUCCAGCUGUUUUCGGACUACAUGCCGAAGAAGGCAGACGGAGCCUGUCAGGCUCCAUUGCGGGGCACCCUCUGUCUUGGGGAGUCGGUGGGCUCGCUUAGCUGGGUGGGGGCAGGAACCUUCCUAACCCCCAGCUUAGCAGCGGGCCGGGUCCAACUGCAUUGGCCUUGGCCUGCGAGGCACAGGGGUGAAAGCGUCCCCUGGCACCUUACAGGCUGGGGCCAAUGCAACUUGUUUCAACAUUGCAGUAUAUUGCCAAACCACGAUGUUGGACUGGUGAUACACUACAGUGUUGAAAGCCUAUUCACAGCCAAGUGGGGAUUCAAAUCCUGGCCUCCCACGUCCUGGUCCAGCCCUCUAACGGCCACACUGCCUCCUUGCAUGAGGUGUAUUGGGGAUGCUGGUGUAACGGGAUGGCACAAUUCCUUUUGCUUGCACACCCACUUCCCAAAGAUCUAAGGUACCUUUGAAGCAGAGAUGGGGAGCCUGAGGCCCUCUGGAUAUUGCUGGACUCCAGCUCCCACUGACUGAGGCUGAUGGGAGUUGGGAAUCCAAGAACAUCUGGGCAGCCGCAUGUUCCCCAUCCCUGCUUCACGUGGAGAAGCUUUUUCAAUGAGCAUUGAAUAGGGGGCUUUAAAAAAAAAAGUCUCCUAAAGUCAUUGGACAUGUCUUCCUAUUCAUUUAGCUAUUUAUUCAUUUAUUCAUGUGGUCAUGGCCUCUCUUGGAGCAAAGUUGUCCUGGAGGGGCUGCUUCACCAGCUGCUCCAAAGGAACAGAUGGUGGGUGCCGUGUGGGAUUAGGGCUAAGUUGGAAUGGGGUCAGAGGUUCUGGCCGAGCAAAGGGGGAAAGCGGCUUAGAGUGGAUCCAUGGGGGCUUUCUGGGGAUUUUUGAGGGGUGGCGGCUGAGGAGGACAUUUGUGUCCUAUUUGGCAUUUUGGGAAAGCGUGGCCGUCUUCCAUAAUCCAUAUUCAUCUACAGUAGCCGCUCAAAAUCCACUUUGAUGGAGGAACGGGCUCAAGGCUUGCACUGGCCUUUGUGUUGGCCGUUGCCAUCAAACUACAGCUGUAGCUACAAACAAUUAUGAAGGGCAGCGUCUCUAGGGGGUAGUUGGCGCAUGAACGCAGCUGAUUAUGCUGAAUUAUUUUUAAUUAAAUUUGUAUAGCAUCCUCCAUCUGAAGAUCACAGGGCAGUUCACAACAUCCCCCAAUAUCUGAAAGGCCACCCUCUUUCAGUCCCACUCAGGUGUUCAGAUCGAUGGCAGGGGACCCUCUUGGUUGCUCCCCCUCUCUCUGAAUCGGGGGCGGGCAGGAGAGGGCCUUUUCUGUGGCGGCCCCUAAGCUGUGGCUCUCCCCACAGAGGUGCACCUCACAUCUUCAUUAUAGAGCUUUUAAUGAGGGAUGAAGACACACCUCUUUACGUGGCUUUUGUCACCUGAGCUGUAUAUUUCCAGUACCCACCUUAUUUUUGUGAUUGCAGGUUGUUUUAACCUGCUUUUGACAUUGCAUUUUAACUGGGACAAGAGGGUGUAGGGUGGGUAAUUAAUAAUAAUGAUAGCUGUCAUUCAGACGCUGCCCUCCAACACAGAGCUGACAUGGGCCCAGGCUUUCCAAUGGAGCGGCAGCCUGGGCAGCAGCUGUCAGGUGAGGCAGCCCAGAUCCCACCCCUCCGUAGGCGAGUUCUGCCUCCUCCUAUGAGCUCCUCUGGGGAGCUUUCCAGCUGCACAGAAACAGAGACAGAAUUCCUCUUUGUGCGAGGCUUUCCCCAGGUUGGCUGACCUGGAGGACGUUUCGACCUUAUUUUCCCAGAUGCUUUCGAUGCGAAAUUUUAAUCUUCAACUUUGUGCUUCUGUCCUGCCACUGCUGCUGCUUUUGGAUUUGCUUGUGCUGCUGCAUUGUUUGUGAGUUGUCCUGGGACAGCUUUUUGGGCGCAGGAGAGGGAGAGGGCAGGAUGUAAACACUUUAAAUGAACUCUACAGUGCCUCUUCCCUCCGCCAUUAAGCUGCUUUAGGGUUCUUUGCGGCUGGCUCUGUUUCUAAAUUUAUUGCUUUUUAAAAAAGUGGGGUGCACUGUUUUGUCUUUGUUUUUAACACUGCUUUAACACUUUAAUUCAUAAUGCUUCUUAAUGAUGCUUGGUCCUAAAUGGCAGGUCAAUAUUAAAUAAAUAAGAUGCGUUAAGCGACGUUACCCACCGAAAUAUGCAUGUGGUCAGUGCUAUAGUUAGCUCUGUGUUGUGUUGCAUUCCUGGGCGGGUCAUCAUUCACAGGUAAAGCACUGCUUUGCAAGCAGAAAAUCACAGGCCUUGGAGCCAAUAAUGUCAGUGUAGGGACAGUACACUCAAUGGUCUUAGCGCAUGGCACUUUCUGAGGCCUUUCCAGGCGAUUUAAGGUGGAACUUUCCCCUUCCUGUGGAAGAAACUACAUAACCUGCACUUUCAGCUGCACGUGGGUGUUCUGUUUGCGUAUUGUCCCAUGUUUAAUUUCCUGCCACUUAAUUCAUCCUUUUUGCUUAUCUGUUGUAGGAAACUCACAAAGUCUACAAGCAGAAGCUAGAGGAACUGAACAACUUGCAGGCCACCUGCAGCAGCUCCAUACAGAAGCAGAAGCGGGGGCUGAAAGACUUGCAGAACAGCUUCCAGAGGUAAUGGCAAAGCACAGCACUUGGUCACCUGCUUGAACUGGGAGCUGCCUGACCUGCCUGCUCUCCCCUCUAACCAAAGUGGGAUGAGGUUGCUGGAAGGGUGCAAGAUUAUUCUCUGUCGCCAAACCGCAGGUGGGCGCAAGAAUCCACCUGUCCCUCGGCCAGUGUUACUGUGGUGUCAGGCAACUGCUGUUGCUGUUUUGCUUUAUUAGCUGCCCCCCCUCCCCCCCCCCGCCAGGUCUCAGGCCAGGUUGCAACCAUUUUUAGUACAACAUGAAAAACAGUUUAAAAUCAAUUACAAUCUCAAAAAUAGGAUUGGGCCCUAAAAAUAUUCAUCCCAGAUGUCCAGGGCCAGUGUGGUGUAAUGUUUAGAGCACACUUUUUCAAUGUUGCAUCCCCAGAUGUUGUCGAACUACAACUCCCACCAUCUCUCUAGCUAGCAGGGCCUAGUGCUCAGGGACAAUGGGAGCUGUAGUCCCACAACACCCAGGGAACCCAAGGUUGAGGAAGGCUGGGUUAGAGUGCCGGAUUAGGGCCCGGGAGACCCAAAUUACAGUACCCGUUUGGACAUGAAGCCUCCAGGGUAACCUUGGGCCAGUCACCAACCCUCAACAGGUUGUUGUGGGGCUCGAUUGAGAUGGGGGAGAGCUGUGUAGGCUGCCUUGAGCUCCUUGGAGGAAAGGUGGAAUAUAAAUGCAUUAAAAAAAGAAUAAUAAUUUUUUAUACCCUGCCCCUCUGGCUGGGCUUCCCUAGCCACUCUGGGCGGCUUCCAACAAAAUAUUAAAAUACAGUAAUGCAUCAAACAUUAAAAGCUUCCCUAAACAGGGCUGCCUUCAGAUGUCUUCUAAAAGUCUGGUAGUUGUUGUUCUCUUUGACAUCUGAUGGGAGGGCGUUCCACAGGGCGGGCGCCACUACCGAGAAGGCCCUCUGCCUGGUUCCCUGUAACUUGGCUCCUCUCAGUGAGGGAACCACCAGAAGGCCCUCGGCGCUGGACCUCAGUGUCCAGGUUGAAUGAUGGAGGUGGAGAUGCUCCUUCAGGUAUACAGGACUGAGGCCGUUUAGGGCUUUAAAGGUCAGCACCAACACUUUGAAUGGCCAGGGUAAAGGGGAGCAUCUUCAGUGUCCUACGAAACCCGCAUGGUGAGGGUUCCUGGGGCUGCUUGGCGUAAUGCACUGCUGUGUGGAGGGUGCGCCACAAUUUAGGGGCUGACACAGAGAAUGCCAUCCAUAGCAUUCCUCCCCCCGAGCCUCCUGAGGGCAGUGGGGCUACCGGGAGGCCCCCUCUGCUGCUCUUCACACCCAAGAGGGGAAGGGGCCUGUCUUUCAGCUAUUUGGCUCCUGGGUCAUCUGUUUUCAACUAUCUGCAUUUGUGUUCCUCUUCUCUGCCCCUGCAACUUUGCAGAUGCAAGCGUGACUGCAGCCUGGAGGAAGCGGAGCUCAUACAACAAAUCGGUAGCCAGAUCAAAGAGCGGCAGAAUGUUUUCUUCGACAUGGAAGCCUAUUUGCCAAAGAAGAAUGGGUAGGUGCUUCUGUAAAACCGACAUGCCCUCUUGUGUGAAGCCUGGUCUCUUAAGGAGACAUGCUUUUCUUAAAGAGAUGGAAGCAUGUGACUCCUCUUGUUGGAAUCCACUCUGCACGCUCUCAGGGGCCGACCUGCCGGCCUCUUGGCACAGAGUGAAACGUUUGCCUGGGAAUGCCUGGCUCAGAAGCUGAAUGCAGGCCGCGUGUCACACUCACGCACAUAGUUUCCAGCGUUAAUCUUGGUGAGGUGAUAGCUCCGGAGAACAAUCCUGGGAAUCUAUUAUUAGCAGAGGAGGAGAAAGGUCCAGUGACACAGAGGAGGGGGGGUCUUUUCUUUCCCCCGCCCUGAGCAGAUGAGAAAUUUAAAUCUGAGCCAGGACUGCCGAGAUUGGUUUGUUUUAGUUAUUAAAUUUAUAUACUGCCUUUUGCCAAAAGGGCCACAUGGCCACUCAUAGCAUGCAAAACAAAUGUCACUGCGUAACAUGAUAUCUGUGCAACAUGAAUUAUAAUCCGGCCACAUCUGAAUGGCUGCAGGUUAGCCACCUCUAAGAAAGAUAAAACAAAAUUCAACAGUAAUGAAAUCAUCAGGCCAGCACAUCAGCCCCAGCAGAAGCAGCAGUAAAACAGGCGUAAUUGAGGUCAAGAGCUACUUGCCUGUUAUUUACACAAAAGACCCCCAGAAGUGACAGAAUUUUGAAUCAGGAUUGCAAAGUUAAGUCUGUUAGGCUAACUGAUGGACAGUGACAUUUAUAAACGUCUACUUGGAAGUAAGCCCCAUUGAGUUCAGUGGGGCUUACAUCCAGGUAAGUGUAUAGGGUUGCUGCUGAGCUUGUGCUGACUACGGUUUGAGAAGGUCGCACGAAGAGGGAUUUGUGACCUCUGCACGUUGUGGCAAAAGCAGAGGAAGCUGUCAUCUGAACAUCUGGCGAUAAGAUUCCGGCGGAGUCUUUCGUUCAGCUCACGCCUUGCUACAAAUGCAGCUGAAAUGGGUGAUCUGGGGCAGAAACGACAACCAACAAAUGAAAAAAAGAGUUACCCCUGUGAAGGCCUGAUGUGUUUUGCCCUUUUCCUUGCAGUUUGUACUUAAAUCUCGUGCUGGGGAACGUGAAUGUCACUCUUCUAAGCAAUCAGGCCAAGUAAGUUGUUUCUCUUCUAUGACUCUCUGAGCUGCUUGAGUGUUUGAGUGGUGCGUUUAUACUGGGCCACCCGCUUACCAUUCUGCAGUCUUUCCCCAAUUCUCCUGCAUUAUUGCUGUCUUGCUGGGUGUGGGGGGCUCUUGUGCUAUAGUGCAACAACAACAAAAUCCUCAGAACAUUUGUGGUGUAAAAAGUUACAGGAUUUCAACAGGAAACUACAGGACAUGCGGUGGGUGGAAAUGAAACAGUAAAUCUGCCUCAAACCUUUGCAGGUGCAAAGAGUAUUGAAUGCAUAACUGGCCCAAUGCCAUCAGGAGCAUCACAAGUGCAUAACAGAAAGAAUGUUGCCCUAUGGCUCAGCAAGACCCUGUGAAUGCGUUUGGGCUCCCAGAUAGGAGCUCACAAUUGCUUUGCUCCUCCUGGUCAGGGAGCUCUGGCCUGCAGGCUUGACUAGACCAAUCAUCCAUUUGGGGCAAGCCACCCCCAUCUUUCCUGUAUCUGAUGUUGUGUGAUGUUGCUUGUGGAAAAUUUCAAGUUGCAGCUUCAAAGGAGGAACCAGCAGCAUGCUCUCGAUUCUUCCUUUGCAGCCAAAAUUCAGCACACAUUGAAUCUAGCCCCUGACUAGUGACAGAAAAUGGUGCCCCCCGCCAAAGAUUCAAGCUCUGGUUUGAUUUGUUUAAGCCCUAGUUUGGUGAAGCCAUAAGUUGUCCCAUAGUUGAUCAAACAAACCAUGGUUUCCCCUCAGCUGCUGUUGCCUCCUGCGUUUGUAAACUGGUGAGAAUCUGGUGUCAGGUAGGCAAAUAAACCAUGGUUAAGAAGGGGAGAAGAGUUCUCAUGCAGUGCUCAGCCCUAUUUAAAGCAAACCAAGAUUUGUAAGCCAACAACAAACUGUAGCACUAAAUUGUGGCUUGUUAGCAACCACAGUUAAAUUGCUGGGUAGAGUUUGAAUAUAAUGUUAAGCCGUGCUAUUAGAAAACAUCACUUCAUAAUUCACGGUUUAGCAUUAUGUGUGAACCAGAUCAAUGGCCUUGGCCCAGUGUACAUGAAGGAGCGUCUCCACUCCCAUUGUUCAACCUGGACACUGAGCUCCAGUUCUGAGGGCCUUCUGGGCCCUUUCCUCACUGUGAGAAGUGAAGUUACAGGGAACCAGGCAGAGGGCCUUCUCGACAGUGGCACCCGCCCGCCCUGUGGAAUGCCUUCAGAUGUCAAGGAGAUAACUAGCUAUACAACUUUCAGAAGAAAUCUGAAGGCAGUCCUGCAUUAGGAAGUUUUUAGUGCUUGAUGUUUUACUAUGUUUUUAUAUGUGUUGGAAGCCGCCCAGAAUGGCUGGGGAAGCAGGCCAGACAGGUGGGGUAUAAAUAAUAAAAUUAUUACUAUUAUUAUUCCCUGAUUUAAUCCUUUUGUUCCAGGUUUGCCUACAAAGACGAGUAUGAAAAAUUCAAACUGUACUUGACAAUAAUCUUAUUCCUUGGAGCAGUAGCUUGCCGAUUCGUUCUUCAUUACCGGUAAGACUUCAUCUUUGUUUGCCGAGCAACAUUAUCCGUUUUUACCAUGGAGUGGAUUUGAAGUGGCUCUGCUUGCAAGCAAAUCUGGACUCCACUUAAUGUGAACAAAAAGCAUCAUUUGUUGUCUGCUGCUUCCGCAACUUAAUCCAGUCUUGAUGCAGAUUUUUUCCCUGACUACAUACACAAAAGUUCUCUGUUGCUGGAGAGACAUUUCCCCUAUAAUACGUUGCAAAUGUUCUAGGUGCACACUGGGUUCAUAUGUGACACUGGUCGGGCUUGUGAGAUCUAGGAGCUGCCCGCUGCUUGUAAGGGGACGGCCAUAGCUCCGUGGUAGAGCCUGUGGAAGGUCACAGGUUCAAUCCCUGACAGCCUCUCCAGUUAAAAGGAUCAGAGAAAGGUGUUUGCCUGGGAGCUUAGAGAACUGUUUUCCAGCAAGCGUAGAUAGAUACCAGGGAAACGUUGUGCUGAGACCUGCAACAGAACAUCACAGUGUGGAUUACUUCUGUAGAGAGCUUGUAAGGCUACAGUUCUGCACCCUUUUAACCUGAGUAUAAGCCCCAUUGAACUCGCUGGGACUUAAGUUCUGAGCAGACAUGCCUAGGAUUGCCCAGUCAGCCUGCUGUGUCCUCCAGGACUCUCCCUUUCCCAUCCUGUCUGGUUUCCCACCGUUUCCCCCCUCCCCUUGUCGUUCAGCGUGUUGUGGCUGCUGACCAUGCGUGGCUCUCAUUGGGUUGUCUUCGUGGUUUCCACCUUAGAAUUGUUUUUCCUCUUCUUCCAAAGCGUUUCUGUAGUUGUUCUUACCUUGGGGUUCCCCUGAGUGAACAAAUAUCUCCCUCUUGUGCACAGGAGGUGCUGUUUUAAUGUCACUCUCCCUCUAUUUCCAGUCUUCAGGGGGAAUGAGUGGGCUAAAAUAGUUCUUUAAAAUUAGCUGCCAAGUGGGUAAAUGGAUGUGUUAUCAAGCAUCUUCUUCCUUUAACUACAGGAUUGGUGGUGUCAAAAUGCCUUUUCCUUGCAAGGCUGCUAUGCUACCCGUUCUACCAGAAAUCCUGGCAAAAUGUUGAGGGUCCCCAUAUUCCUAGAAAACAAUUUGAAAUUGAUUGCCCCACAGUGAGGUUGUCAAAAGUUUGUUGUUGCCUGUCUCGUCGUGCAAACUUGGCCAUUGUUGUGAUGCUUUCCGCUGACUUCAAGGCUCACCGCCACCAGUAUGGCUUUUCCAGUUGAUUGGAUUUAUCGAGAUCUAAUGGAAUCCUUUCGCUGAAUUAGUCCUGAGGCGCCUCUGCAAAUUGGAUCAUGUGCAUCUCCUCUGGCCCAAAGGCCUUUCCCUCGGAUGGAAUUAGCGCUGCAUUUGCAAACUUGUCUGCCUGCGUGGGAGCUUUGUGUCAGCGAGUUCCUAAGUGGAGUCCCUUAAACUACGUGGCUCUGCUUUGCCCUCUUCCUUCAAACCUUGGUGAGGGGGGUGUGGCAAAAGUGGGCCUCACACUCCUGGGAAGACCCUUAGCACGGCGACUGCGGGACAAUUUUAGAGAGCAGAUUUGGUUCAGCCAUAUUGGAAAACAGCACUGUGACGUCUCUUUGCUUGGGUAUUGUUUACAGUAGGGAUUCCCUUCAUUUGUGAAAUUGGGCCCUUUCUGCUCUGUAAAUUCAAAGCAGCACCCUACACUUUAAACAGGCAUGGCGUUGUCUGGGAAUCCUGGGAGUUAGUUUGUUUAGGUUGCCGAGAGUUGUUAGGAGAGCCCAUUCCCCUUGCAGAGCUUCUUAGAGUGGUUUAACAGACCAGCUCUCUUCCUGGGGAACUGGGAAUUGUUUUUUUUUUAAAUGAUAUUUAUUGAAAAUUUUAGAAUUACAAAAGGAAACAAAGAAGAGAAAAAAAGGAAAGAGAAAACAAAGAGAAAACAAACCACAAUCAAACAAUACAGAUUAAUAAAAAUCAAAAUCAAAAAAUUGCACAACACGCUCAAAAAACAAAAAUAUACCACAAACAUUUAAAAACAAAUCCAAUAUUCUCAAAUCUUUAACUGUCAUUACCUUCUUUCUUUGACCUCCUCCUCCUCCCUUUUUUUGUAUCCUGGUUAUUAAUUGUCGCAGCAAAUCCUUUCCAUAUUUCAUAAUAUUCUGUCAGUACUUUACCUUAAUCUAUUUUAAUCUUAUUUUACUAUGAAGACCUUAAAACUUAAAAUUUAAAUCUUAUUUUUACCAAUUUCUCAUAACCAUAAUAUUCUUACAUAAUUCUGUAAACAUUUUAGCUAAAGCCAAAUAAUUUCGUUCCAACAUUUUUCUAACAUUCAUCAAUUUUAUAAGACAAUCCUAAUAAAAGAAAUAAAAAAAAAACCAAUCCAAUCUUCAUCCAGCGUCUCUUCCUCCUGGACCCGGGUUUUGUCAGUCCUUUCUAUCCCAUCAAUCUAGCGCAUUAACCUGGCAACCUUAUGUCCGAGGCCCUUAAGUCCCUUCCAUGUCCCUUCCGCAGCUCUUCUUCAUAUUUAUAGCUGUAUUUUGCUUCUUUCACUCUUGGGAACUCCAGCUUGACAAUGCUUUUGACCCUUCUCGACAAAUCAGCCCCUUUUCCAUAGUCCACACUAAGCUCCAUGUGGUAUUUAAGAACAUGUUUCAAAGUCCCUCCAAAAUUAAGAGCCCCCACAACCCCAAACAUCUCACGGCCCAUUGCCAGACUUGAAAAGUCCAAACCUCCCUGCAUAGGGGGGUCUAUCCAACCCCCCAUUUCCAAACCAAACCAAACUUUAUCUUUCCAAAUCUGGCUUUUUCCAAGUUCAUUUGUCAAAUCCAAGAAUUCAUGUUCCUGCUGGGCCGCAGCUCCCUCCAUCUCUGGCGCCCAAGAUUCAGCAACAUCCUCUUCCCUCAUCUGUUCUGUCAGGGCACACUCCUGAUCUAAUUCCUGGGUGGGCUCUAUAUAAUAUCCCACUGCCUGUCCAAAAUUUCUAAUCGCAUCAGUCAUAAAGUCCGUCUUCUCAUGUAGCUGUUCCAGUAGGGCACUUGUUUUACAGAAAGCACACAACAGAGCUUCUGAAUACAUUGUCCUGCAAGGUCAGAAGUCUAUUCCCACGAUCGUAAUCUGUAACAGCUGCAAGCUCCCCGAUUCAAAAUUGGUUACAGUUUCACAGGCUCCCUCUAGGGGAAGAACUUCUGUUUGUUCUUUUCUUUUAAAAACAGAUCUAACAACAAAGUUUCCUUUUUUAGAUAUUUUGUCAAUAUUUGUUCCUUUAAAAUGCGAAGGGGAACAAUGGAAUCACUAUGUUUCUCUUCCUUUGGCUAUCUGUCAGAAACGUUUGUCUCUGGUCAAUAAGCUUCAAAAAACGUCAGUCCUGACACCCCGCUCCAGGAUCAAGACGGUGGAAAGUUACUUUGCUUUACACUCACUUCUGCAGGUUUAAACAGUCCGGAAAAAAUCCCCCCUCUUCUCCUGCUUCCGAAGGGGGUUCAACAAUUUUAAAUGAUGAAAGUUAAUCCUUUACCAACGAUUUUCAGAACUCUAGUUUGCCAUGUCUAUCUACAAAGAAACGGAAGGCUGACUUCCUGUUUAGACCUUCCCGUUUCAGUGCCAAAUUAAAAUAAACUUUUAAGUCCAAUUUUCCUUUCAGCUCACAAAUCCUUAUUUAGAGUCCAAUUGUCCGAAACUUAAGUACUCACGGGUGAUUGUUUUAAAAGCCAAAUUGUCCCAGGAAAAAGGCAGCGCUCUCCGGCAACGGCUGUGCGGCUUCGCUCCACGGAAGAAGCAGUUGACUCUCAGCACUGCGCCACUUCCCCCUCUUCGCUCUGGAGCCCAUUAGUGGGUUCCUUUGCGGGUUGGGGGGGCGCUAAAGGUGCCCGCCGAGUCCCAUGGUCACAGGCUUCAUCCGCCUGUGAUUUUUGAAUGGGUCCCCGCUUCGCCGUAGCGGAAAGGACCCGUUUCCCAUGGAGCUGGUCCCUCCAGUUCAGAGGGAGUCCGCCAUUACCGAUGGCGCCACCCUGGAAAUCGGGAACUGGGAAUUGUAGCUCUGUGAGGAGAACAGGGGUCUCAUAACAAGACUCAGCACCCUUAGCAAACUACGGUUCCCAGGAUUCUUGGACGGAAACCAUAACUGCUUAAAGUGGUAUGAUACUGCUUUAAAUAUAUAGUGCACAGGCCAUGACAAAAACAGUUGCUAUAUAAAGCUUUUCAAAUUAACCACAAUGCCUUAGUCUGGGCUUCUAGUAGACUGAGGUUUUCCAAGUAUGAAAAUUGGAGUUGACGAGAGUAUGUGUGCACCUUUGUUGGUAUCUUUCCACAUAAGCUUAAAGGUAAAGGUAAAGGUACCUCAACUGUUAAGUCCAGUUGUGGCCGAUUCUGGGGUUGUGGUGCUCAUCUCGCUUUACUGGCUGAGGGAGCCGGCGUACAGCUUCCGGGUCAUGUGGCCAGCAUGACUAAGCCGCUUCUGGCGAACCAGAGCAGCACACAGAAACGCCGUUUAUCUUCCCGCCGGAGCAGUACAUAUUUAUCUACUUGUACUUGGACGUGCUUUUGAACUGCUAGGUUGGCAGGAGCAGGGACCGAGCAACUGGAGCUCACCCCAUUGCGGGGAUUCGAACCGCUGACCUUCUGAUCGGCAAGCCCUAGGCUCUGUGGUUUAGACCACAGCACCACCCGCAUCCCUCCACAUCAGCUUAUAAAGCAGCUGAUUAUUUACAAGAUCAGAACCUCAGUAUUAGUUACCUAAGAUUACUCUUUACUUUCACCUUAGUUAAUGAGUUUUGAAGUGUGUGUACUUGAUCAAUGAAGCUGGAAACUCUUACCAUUUUUUAUUAUUCUUUCAGGGUGACGGAUGAAGUGUUCAACUUCCUCUUAGUUUGGUAUUACUGCACACUGACAAUAAGGGAGAGCAUCCUCAUCAGCAAUGGCUCAAGGUAGGCUGAGGGGAUAUAUCCAUAAAUUGCCUAAGGCAGACCGUGAUGACAGCUUCACUCAGGGGUAUAUCGCAGGUGAAACUGCUGCCUCCUGAGUCCCUCUGCUACAAGCGCCCAGCGCGCCAAAGGAGAAACAAGCUUCAGCCAUUGCUGGAGGCAGAGGUGCUCAGGAACGGCGGCAGCUUUGCCAGUGAUAUACUGCUGGGUGAAACCACCAUCUCUGUCUGCUGCUCAUACCGGCAGAGGGAGAAACAGGCGCUGAUACAGCUUGUUCCUCCCUCUGCUUCUUUAAUCUGCCUGUUUUAGGAGUACACCACUGCCCUCGCCUCAGCCAAGCAGUUUUAUGGAGCCCCCACUUGCCACCGGCGCACAUGUGCGGGGGGGCGGCCUCUGUGAAACUGCUUUGAUGAGGGGUGCACGGUUGCCGCUGCCCUCAGCCAAGCAGUUAACGGAGCCCUGUUUAUCAGUACAAAAUGGUAGGAUAGACAGUCUGAAUCGAUAGCUUAAUUACAUUUGUGUGCUCUUAAUUAUGUCCACUAGUUACAAACUUCCUAUGUUUAUUUUCUGAGACAAAGUACAUCAGAAAAAGGAAAGAACAGAGAGGAGGAGUUAACUACAUAUAGACUCCAAACUGUGUAAUUAAUAAAACCAUACGAAACAGCAUGAAAAAUGUCAGGGAACAGAUAUUUUGUAUACGUUAUUCAUUAGAUUUAGGUGUCCACAAAAUGUCUUGCAUUACCCCCGACUUGGGCCUUCUUCAGGCGUUCCAGCUGUGCUAAAACUUAACAUGCAAGGGGAGGGGACUGGGAUCAAGCACCCUGGCUGGGCUGUGCAAAACCCUCUGGCUUCUGUUUCCAUUUUCCUCUGCAAGUUGGAGGGCGACUGUCUGACACAGGGAGACUUCUGUGCCCAUAGGGGCUUCCUGCGUGAUUUAGAACCUUGCUUUUCCAAGCUUCCAGACUCUGCAGGGAACUUCCAUGGCUGCAGGAGAGUCUCCAGUUCUUGGAAGGCGGUCAGAAUGGGGACGGGGGUGUGGCGCUAGCUCUCAUUCCCACAUUUCCCCAUUGUGAGUGAAGUUGAUACUAAGCUAGUACACCUCAAGGGGGCUUAUAGGUUCAUAUGCAACACGUUUGUUUGCUAGCUUGUGUCCCAAACAGGCAGCAAUGGGAAGCUGUGAUCUAGCAGCCACUCCCUUCUGGGUUUGCCUCGGUUUAAUGUGUGAAAGUGCACACAUUAAAGGUGUUCUUUUUCUUCCCAGGAUUAAGGGCUGGUGGGUAUCUCAUCAUUACGUUUCUACGUUUCUAUCUGGUGUGAUGUUAACGUGGUAAGUUUCUCCAUUUCUCCAUAGCUUAAGUGUUUGAAAUCAGCAGAGUGCUAUAGUUUGAAUAUAGUUAGAUGCACAAUAAAGAAUAGGGUUGUAGGAUAAAUGAGUCCCUGUAUUAAAAACGUGCAUUGAGACUUCCAAGUGUCAUGCAGUCCAGCCUUUCCUGGACCACUGCACUUCAGAGGUUGCAGGGAGGGAUCAUGUCUGAUCCUCCAAUUUGAAGUAACUCUGUAAUGAGUAAGUUAAUGAGCCAGGAUGCUGGGGUGGGUUAGCCCUCUUCUAACUUUCCAUGUAUUCUGUCCCACCCACCCCACAAGACAUGGGCUGCAGGUGAUCUCUGACACCUGCAGCCUGCUUCAGUCCAGUCCAGGGUAGACUGCUAUAGGAUACCUUCUGCCUUUGUGGAAGUGAAUGAAGGAAAUCCUGCAUUAGGCUGGCUUGGAUGCGUUUGUUUAAUUUCCUAUAUUGGGGUACAGAAGGGCACUCGUGUGUGUGUGUGUGUGUGUGUGUGUGUUGAAAACAUCACUUCUGUUUUCUUUUGUCUUCCUCCCCCUCCCUACUCACACAGGCCAGAUGGUCUCAUGUACCAAAUGUUCCGCAAUCAGUUUUUAGCAUUUUCAAUUUUUCAGAGUAAGUAUGCUUUCAGUAUCUAUAUUAAAGCACAGUGUUUUCUUGUCUGCAUCCUAUCUGGAGUAAUGCCUUGAAUGCUGCAAGCUGUGCAGCAGAUUUCAGUGUGGGGAGAGCAGUGCGCAUUUUACUGAAACCGGGAAGGGUCACAAACUGGCCGCCUUAGGCAAGUUCCCACCAGUAAGCACUGACAGUGUCCCAGGAAAGAGAAGUUACAUUUUAGGGAUUUUAUUGGCAUUGUAAGCCAGUGGAUGGCUCGGAUACAGCCUUCAGGACAUGGGCAAACUAAGGCCCAUGGGCCAGAUCAGGCCCAAUUGCCUUCUGGAUCCGGCCCAUGGACGGUCCAGGAAUCGCUGUGUGGAUUGCCAGCGUGUCCGUUCUUUUCCUCUCCCUCACACGGCGGCGGCGGCACCUCCUCACUCCUCCUGGCUUCUCCCUGCCCUGCCUAGAGGAGGAAGGGGGCUGGGCUUUGUUGGUGCCAGCAGCAGCAGCGCUUGAGCGGUUGCCAUUUUAAGCAGCCCCUCUCCGGAGCCCUUUCGUGUGCCGCUCAUCAUCCCUCUGCCACCGCCAGCCCCUGCCGCUUGCAAGACACAGGUAAGCAGCUACCAGGGCUUGUCCGGUGCUGUGGAGAAGGGAGGGGAGAGUUGAGGGGGUGGCCUCCCCCCAAGGUCUGAGGGACAGUGGACCAGCCCCUGCUGAAAAAGUGUGCUGGCUCCUGCUUUAGGACAAGCUCAAAUUAAAUGCAAAGUAAAGAAGGUGCUCCUCCCUCCCUCCUCCUGGCUUCUCCCUGCCCUGCCUAGAGGAGGAAGGGGGCUGUGCUUUAUUGGUGCUGAACAAAGGAUGGCUGGAGCAAUGUGGUUUUCUUUUUUUUAAAAAAUAAUUUUUAUUCAUAUUCCAAACAAGUUUUAUUCAAUCAACAAAUUGUUUUACACUCAUGCUUCAAUUUUUGACUUCCCUCAGUUUCUCUGUCAAUCUUUCGAAAAAUUUCUAUUUAUUGACGCAUUUCUAAACAUAAUAUUGCCUUUCCCCACUCCUUUUCCUCUUACUCUCUUUUUUUGCAGUAUUUCUUACUAUUUCACAGAGUCUCUUCAAAACCAACAAGCGUUGUCUGUACAUCACAUAUAUUUUUCAGAUAUUCUGUAAUUUCCCCCAGUCCUCGAUAAACUUUUGGUCUUUCUGGUAUCGAAUCUUCCCAGUCAAUUUGUCCAAUUCUGCAUAUUCAGUCAAUUUCCUUCUCCAUUCUUCCACUGUUGGAAUUUCUUCCUGUUUCCAUCUUUGGGCCAGAAGUAUCCUUGCGGCAGUCACUGCAUAUUGAAACAGUUUACAGUCUCUCUUAUUGAUUUCGUUUCCUACCAUUCCUAAUAGAAAGGCUUCUGGUUUUUUAACGAACGUAUAUUUCAACAUCUUUUCAAUUCAUUGUAGAUCAGUUCCCAGAAGUCUGUCGCCUUUGGACACUCCCACCACAUAUGAUAGAAAGUACCUUCUUUUUCUUUACAUUUCCAACACUUAUUGCAUGUUGUAUACAUUUUGGCCAGUUUAACUGGCGUUAUAUACCAUCUGUAAAACAUUUUCAUUACAUUUUCUUUCAACGCAGUACAUGCCGUAAAUUUUAGCCUUUCAUUCCAUAAUUUCAUCCAAUCAUCAUACUGUAUAUUGUAACCAAAGUCUCUUGCCCAGUGUAUCAUUACUACUUUUACCUCUUCAUCUUUUGUAUGCCACUCCAGCAACACUUUAUACAUUUCAGACAGGUUUUUAUACUCAUUAUUCAAUACCUCCACUUGGAAUUUUGAUUCUUUACCUUCAUACCCACACAUUUUACAAUCUUUUUUAAACAUUUCAUUAAUCUGAAAGUAGUGUAAUCAGUCAUAAACAAAUUCUUUCACCUCUUCAUAAGUUUUCAUUUUCCAUCCCCCCCCCCUUAUUACCAAUUCUCCAUAUGUUAUCCACCUCCCCCUCAUAUUAAUUUUUUUCACACUCAUCACUUCUAAUGGUGAAAUCCAAUGGGGGAGUUUAGGUUCCAACAAGUUUUUAUACCUCUCCCACACCUCUAUCAGUGAUCUUCGGAAGAUGUGGUUUUCAAAACCUUUGUGAAUUUUUUUCUUCUCAUACCAUAGGUAAGCAUGCCAACCAAAUCUGUUGUCAAAUCCUUCUAAAUCUAACAGCUUUCCAUUCUCUAAUUUAAUCCAUUCCUUUAUCCAACAGAGGCAUGAUGCUUCAUAAUAUAAUUUCAAAUCUUUCAGGGCGAAGCCACCUCUCUCUUUUGCAUCUGUUAAUAACUUAAACUGAAUCCUUGGCUUCUUACCCUGCCAGAUAUAUCUUGAAAUUAUUUUUUGCCAUUCUUUAAAAAUUGAUGCCCCCUUAAUUAUCGGCAAUGAUUGGAAAAGGAAUAACAUCUUUGGUAGCACACUCAUUUUUAUCGUGGAUAUUCUCCCCCAAAAGGACAAUUUCAGUCUUCCCCACACCUCCAAAUCCCUUUUUAUCUGAUUCCACAUAGGUAAGUAAUUGUUUUGAAACAAGUCAAUGUUCUUGAGGGUUAACCAUAUUCCUAAAUACUUCACUUUGUUCACCACUCUAUCUCUGUCCUUUGUUGUAUUUCCUCAAUUAGUUCUUGAUUCAUGUUUUUAGCCAUGAUUUUCAUCUUUUUUUUUGUUGAGAUAAAAUCCUGCAACUCGACCAAAUUGUUCUAUUUCUUCUAAGAUUCUUUCAAUACUUUCCACUGGUUCUUCUACUGUCAAUACCAAGUCAUCUGCGAAUGCUUUAACUUUGUAUUCAUUUUUCCCUAUAGACACCCCUUUUAUAUCUUCAUUUUUUCUUACUGAUUUUAGCAAAACUUCCAGCAAUGUGGUUUUCUUAGGGGGUGUACAAAUUGUAGAGUGGCAAAUUUGGAACGUGCAGGAGGAGAGCAUUUAAAAGGGGACGGGCCAUAGCUCACAGGUAGAGCAUCUGCUCUGCAUACAGACAGUCCCCGGUUCAGUUCCUGGCAUCUCCAGCUAGAUCUGGGAGAGACCCCUGUCCGAAACCCUGGGGAGCUGCUGCCAGUCAAAGAAGACAGUAUGGAGCUGGAUGGAACAAGGAUGUGAGAUGGUGUAAGGCAGCUCUCUGUGUUCCUGAGCAUGCCACACUUUACAGGUACCUGCAACCCUGCCAAGUAAAGCAACUCCUUUUAUUUCUUCCAGGUUGCGUCCAGUUUCUACAAUACUAUUAUCAAAGUGGUUGCCUUUACAGACUCCGUGCAUUAGGGGAAAGAAACCACUUAGAUCUCACAGUGGGUGAGUCGUGUCUCUUGUUCGUCACAUCAGUUUAUUUGAAGGUGCAGUGUGUUGCUAGCACCUGCUGGCACCUGUUAGCCUGCCCCCCCCCCACCUGCCAGCACCGGAGAAAUUAACUGCAAUUGCUGAUGGAACACAGAGGAUGCCUUUUUGAAUGGCUUGACAUGAGGAUGAACCCAGUGUUGUCCUUUAUGCCUGGAUAGUGAUUUUGGAUUCACUUUCAUUGAGGAAAUAAGCAAAAAGGCUUUAAACUUGGAAAUAAUAUUUUCAAAGUGGAUUUAUGUCUCUCUGCUGAAAAGAUCUAAGAGGGAGAUACAAGAUUCCCCCUCAUAUAAUCUGUCUUCUGAAAAAUCUAUACUAUGUCUUUGCAGUGAUGCUAGCCUUUCGUUUUCAUGAACGGAAGCAGCAAUUUCAGCUUCCUUAGGUCAGGCUACCUCUUCAAAGUACUUAAGAAACUUUAUAUUAAAAUUGGCCUUCACCACCCCACCCCCAGAUGGUUUGGACUACAACUCUGCCCCCGGCAGCAUCACAGCCAUAUUGUAGUCCAAAGACCUGGAGAACAUCAGGAUGGUGACAGCUUAUUUAAAUACCAAUAUUUAUAGGUACUUUAUGCGAGAGACAUUGGUGUAUCACGUCUCCGCUGCGUAACUUGACUGUGCUUUUUCCUUCUUCCCAGAGGGAUUUCAGUCUUGGAUGUGGCGAGGGCUGACCUUUCUGCUCCCCUUCUUGUUCUUUGGGCAUGUAAGUUGGACAUCAGAGCUUUGUUCACCAGUGCAUUGUCAGAAGAUAAGGAGAAACCAAAGAGAGUAGUAGUUUGCUGUUCAUUGUAACACGUGUAGGCAAGGUUGUCUGUUCAGCUUCAUUCAUUCUAUGAAGCUGCAUUCCCCAGAUGCCCACUUGACCACUUCAGUCUGCUGAAAUGGCUCCGCUACAACUGCUUAUGCAAUAUCUGUUCUGCAUUUGUUUUUUAAAAAAAGGACAUUUAGUGUAGCAACAGCCACAGUUUGGAACUCCCUGCUUAUUUACACCAGGCAAGCACUUUCACUGCACUCAUUUUCAUUUAGAUUUUUAAAAAAAUAAAAAAUAAAGGGAAUAAAGGGCGGCUGAUACAUUGGGUAUACAAUAUUCAAUAAUAUGCAUAUUCAAUAAUAUUCAAUAUUCGAUAAUAACAUAUUCAAAUCAACCAUAUGUACACUUUUCAUUUAGGUACGCCUACCCAGAUAUAUGGUGUGCUGACGGGUGUUUUUAUCUGGCUUUUAGCUCAUCAUUGAUUUUAUUUAGUUUCUAAUGUUUAAAAUAGUUUUUAUUGAUAAUUUCAUUUUUAAAAUUAUUUUUGUAAUGGGUUAAGUUUUUUAGAAUCAAGCAGUAUAUCAAUUUUAUAAAAUAAAAAUAACAUACAACAUAAGUACCGGCAGCGACCCAAAAACACGUCACUAAAAGGAUAUAACGGGGGCGGCGGGGUGCGCUUAUAUGCACUCUGCCAACACGUAUGGGGCCUGGGAACAGAACUCCAUGCGAAGUGGUCUUUGACUGUCCUCCGCUGCAAGUACCUCCCCCUUGCAUUGGCCUGUCCAAUCAGACAUCCAUCUACUCUGAUUGACAGUCACACCAGAGUCUCUUGCACAGAAGGCCUUUCCCAUCAGCUGAUCCUUCUUCCUCAGCCUUUGCCAACCUCCAGACAUUUUGCACUUCAACCACCUCCUACCAGCCCCAGCCAGAAACCUCUGGAGGGCCCCCGUUUGGCAAAGGCUGUUCUAAGUGGAGCUGCCACAGAUUGAGUCCAGAACCUUGUCGAAGCAAAGCUGUUGCUCUGCCUCAGAGCUCUCUGUGGUUCUUCAUUCUGACCAGUGUAAGAGGAAACUAACGUGAACAUGAUCCUCAGGCCCUUUGUUUGCUUCGGUGUCCUCUAGUGCUCGUUUUAAGCAGAUGCCAAUUUAGGCAUCUACGAGGUCUAAAAUUAGUGCUUCUGGAUCUUCACUAAGAAUAACUGCUUAGCUUUCUGCAAAGUUAGCAGAUUCUUUCUUAAGUCUCCCUUUCUUCUUUCCCCUCCCUUUCCUUAAGUUUUGGCAGCUCUACAAUGCUAUCACACUUUUUGAACUGUCAAGACAUAAGAAAUGUAAAGAAUGGCAAGUAAGUGGUUUUUCCCCUCAAGUACCAAUCAAAAUCUCGGCAAACGGGGAGGGGGGCAUUGACUGAAUCCCCUUAUAUCAGCUGGGAAAAGGUAGCAGAUGGAGAAGAUGAGAAAAUAGCUAUCCACAUUUUACUACCCAUGGAUAUCUUGUGUUACUGUGAAAGGGGCAAAGCCAACAGCUACCAUGGCUCUGCUCUGUCUUCGCAGGUGGAGGCAGGAAGUGCCUAUUCUGAAUACUAGCUGCUGGAAGCCACGGUGGAAGGGGGGUACUCUGGUGUCUUGCAUGUGAGGGAUUCCCACAGGAAUCUGGCUGACCACUGAGAGAACAGGAUACUGGACUAGAUGGGCCAUUGGCCUGAUCCAGCAGGUGGUUCUUAAGUUCUUAUGUACUCAUACAAGUGAUCUUACAGUAGAGAAAGGAAGCUGUAUGUGCCAUUCUAGUAAUGGCUGGUUCUCAAUACACUUAGCUGCUUUAGCUGGCAGCUAAUUCUUAAUAGAGUUAACCUAUUUAAGGGGUAGCCAACCUGGUGCCCUCUGGGUAUUUUGGACUACAACUCCCAUCAUACCCAGCCAGCAUGGCCCAGUGGUCAGGGAUGAUGGGAGUUUUAGUCCAUAACCUCUGGAAGGCACCAGGUUGGCUACCCCUGGCCUAUUUCACCGUAUCCUUAUUGAGACAGCCUUAAAGCUUUUCCAUUGGGCUGCUUUUGUCUCUAGUUAAAAAAUGUCCUCAUAUAACAUCUGCCAAGUGCAUAGGUUUGAGUUUGAUUUCUUUAUUUUUCUCCUGGUCCCAUCUAGGUUUUUGUGCUUGCACUCACAUUUCUGGUGCUCUUCCUUGGAAACUUCCUCACCACCCUGAAAGUUGUGCACGCUAAAUUUCAGAAGAACAAAAUGAAGAAAUUGUGAAGACAGAAAGUCGUGCAUGCUGGAUGCUAGAACUUGAGAUCUGGUUUCAUUUUUUUCUCUGCUGUGAUUAGACUCAUGUUCCAGACAGUCCUCCUGCUUCACCAGUGGCCCUGCAAUAAGGGAACCAUGGAGGAAAUUCCACCUGCGUUUUACUGUGAAGUCUUCCUCAUCAGACUUGCGAGUGCUUGCGCUCUCCAGCUGGUAACCGGACUAUUUAUAUUUAAUUUAAUCCAAAGCCCCUCUGGCCUUUGCUGGGAUAUAGCCAUGAGGUUGAUCCAUUCUAGGAAGAAGAUGGAUUCUCAGGAGAGAACAAAAAAGAGAUGAACUAUUCGGGAAUAAAGCAAACUUUGAUUAAAUACUCUCUUUAAAGUUCCUGGUAUUGGAUCGUGAAGGUUGUCUCUCAUGGGGCCAAGUGCUGAGUACUGCUUUUUUUCAGAGCCCAUCUUGGAAGCUGAUAAGGCAGCCUGGUUACCCCCGCCCCCAAUGUUUUGGACCACACUUCCCACUAUCCCUGACCUUUGGUCAGUCUGGCUGUGGUUGAUGGGAGUUGUAGUCCAACAACAGCUAGAGGGCAUCACAUUGGUGAAGGCUGGAGGGCAGGGGGAGCCAAUCUGUUGCUAGACCCCCCCACCCGUUCUUCACUUGCAACCAACUGAAAAUGUUUUCAGUGGGCGCAUCUGUUUGGGGGCAGUGUGUGUGUGUUUGGGGGGGCGGGUACUCUUCACUGUAACCUAUUCCAGCUAGACUAGACACAGGAAGAAAACUUGACUGAAAUCCAGUGGAUGAUACCCUAAUUUGUCAUGAGCGUUGUUGGCAUGAAGGUUGAAUGAAUGUUUCAUUUUCAGCAUUCAGAUCUGUUGAGAAAGGGGGAGGAAGAAGAAAAGGUGGCAAAUAAAGAGGAGCUGCCUCAGUU